UUUAUUUCCUCUUGUUUGCACAUGAUACAGAUCUCCAUGGAGUUCAGGAACCUGGCAAAGGUCUACCAGGAUGUGAUCUCUGAUAUUUGUCACAAGAUGGGCGUUGGGAUGGCGGAGUUCUUGGAAAAGAAGGUGGAUUCUCAGAGUGAGUGGGAUCGGUAUUGCCACUACGUUGCUGGGCUGGUGGGGAUAGGCCUUUCCCGACUCUUCUCUGCAUCAGAGCUAGAAGAUCCUAUUGUAGGACAGGACACAGAGCUGGCAAACUCUAUGGGCCUCUUCUUGCAAAAAACCAACAUCAUCCGUGACUAUUUGGAGGACCAGCUGGAAGGAAGGGAGUUCUGGCCCAGAGAGGUUUGGAGCAGAUACACGAAGAAGCUCUCUGACCUUACCAAGCCAGAGAACAUAGAUAUGGCCGUCCAGUGUCUGAAUGAGCUCAUCACCAAUGCUCUCCGCCACGUCCCUGAUGUCCUCACUUACUUGUCUCGCCUGAAAAACCAAAGUGUCUUCAACUUCUGUGCUAUCCCCCAGGUGAUGGCUAUUGCCACUCUUGCUGCCUGCUAUAACAACAAGCAGGUAUUCAGAGGGGUAGUGAAGAUCCGGAAGGGACAAGCUGUCACACUGAUGAUGGAUGCCACAAACAUGCAAUCUGUCAAAGCCAUCAUGUACCAGUAUGUGGAAGAGGUAGGUUGAACAGCUUGCUUGGAGUCAUUUCUGG